CGGGUAUGUCUUUUAUUAUCAUUUUAUAUUUUUCAGUCACUCAUUCAGCUGUUUGGCCAAACACGUCUACUUUAUUCAGUUAAUAUUUUAGAUUCAUCACUUCAUAAUACACUUUCAGGCAACAGUUUCUAAUUCAGACAAUCGUCCUCAAUUCAGACAUUAAUAUUCAGUUCAAGCUCGUUGGGGCAUAAAAGAGACCAAAUUAAAGUUACGCAAUUACUACAGUACAAAAUAUACGUAGCCGAUGUUUUUGACCAAAUUUAUUUUGACCGAGCUCAAAAUAAACGUAUAUUAUGAGACAACUUAUCUUCGUGAAAGAAACACGUGUACAAACAUCUCAGUAGGCGAUGAUUCCACAGAGUAUGCUUCCACAAGGAUCACGUGGAUGGAGUUUAUCUUUGACAAAAUAACAAAUCUUCCUGCUGUGCGAUGGGUUCGGCUUGUGCUCCGUGGGUAGAUGAUUAAAAAUGUUAAUUUCCACCUACUCAUCAGUACCCCAAAGCUGCUAUCUUUUGUAUUUUUUGGUAUUCUCAAAUCAAAUUCACCAUAUUGAUUUCGUAUCAGCCGCUGCAAGAAUUCAAGAAAUCCGGCACAAGUUGUGAGAAGUAACAAUGGCUGGAAGCAUAAGAAGAAUUACAGGGUUGGGUUUACUGUCAGCAGAAGAAAAACUUUGUGUGGGUAGUAGAAAGUGUAGGAGAGGAUUUGCUUCUUUGAUUGUUGAGGAGAAUGCGAAGUCAUCGUCUUCUGUCAAUCUCUUCUCUGCAAUAAAUCAGGCUCUUCACAUUGCCUUAGAGACUGAUCCGCGUGCUUAUAUAUUUGGAGAAGAUGUGGGGUUUGGUGGUGUCUUUCGUUGCACUACUGGACUUGCUGACCGGUUUGGUAAACACAGAGUUUUUAAUACUCCUCUCUGUGAACAGGGCAUUGUUGGAUUUGCAAUUGGUUUGGCGGCAAUGGACAACCGAGCGAUAGCAGAAAUUCAGUUUGCGGAUUACAUUUUUCCUGCUUUUGACCAGAUUGUGAAUGAAGCUGCAAAGUUUAGAUAUAGAAGUGGUAACCAAUUUAACUGCGGAGGAUUAACCAUUAGGGCACCCUAUGGAGCUGUUGGACAUGGUGGGCAUUACCACUCCCAAUCCCCGGAAGCCUUCUUUUGUCAUGUUCCUGGUAUUAAGGUUGUUAUCCCACGGAGCCCACUCCAAGCUAAAGGGUUAUUGUUGUCAAGCAUUCGUGAUCCUAAUCCGGUUAUCUUUUUUGAACCAAAGUGGCUUUACCGCUUGUCUGUGGAAGAGGUUCCGGAAGGCGAUUACAUGUUACCUCUUUCUGAGGCAGAGGUUAUUAGAGAAGGUAGUGAUAUAACACUUGUUGGCUGGGGUGCUCAGCUUUCCAUCAUGGAAGAGGCCGCCAUCAAUGCUGAAAAGGAAGGGAUCUCUUGUGAAUUGAUAGACCUCAAAACUUUAAUUCCUUGGGAUAAGGAAACGGUGGAGGCCUCUGUCAAAAAGACCGGAAAGCUUCUGGUCAGCCAUGAAGCUCCUAUAACAGGAGGAUUCGGCGCUGAAAUAUCUGCUUCUAUACUUGAACGUUGCUUUUUAAGAUUAGAAGCUCCCGUUGCCAGAGUUUGUGGGCUGGACACUCCUUUUCCCCUUGUUUUCGAACCUUUUUAUAUGCCGACAAAGAAUAAGAUACUGGAUGCAAUCAAAGCCACUGUAAAUUACUAGUGCGGAUGAUUAUUUUGGUCAAUGGAUGAAGACGACAUAUUAUCUUUUUUUUACAUUACCUGAUUCGGCGGUGUCUCUGCCCAUCAGGGAAAAAUUUAUUUUUAUUUUAUAAAUAAAUAAAUGCUACAUUAUUUGUUUAACCCCUUCAUGAUGGAAGGGAGAUAUUUUAUAAAAGGGAUAAUUCCCCUCAAAUGAAACUUUAAUUGCAAGAAUAGGACUAUCUUUCUAAUCAUACCCUUGCUUUGUUUU